CACCCCAGACUCUAGCGGGGCUUCACUCUUUUGGCAAUUUCUCCAGCUCACAGGUUCGAGCACGAUUUCCAAAAAAACCCCGACACCUGUCAACGCUCGGCAACGUCAUUUUCCAAAGGUCCGAGGUGUUGUCUGAUAUCGCUCUUGGCCCAGAGUUAGCAAGUUCCGAGCCCGAGUACACUCUGCUGUCUGUACUGGAGGUUGUAUUUGCCAUCAUGUCCGUCGAUGCUCAACCAAUCCACUGGUGCGAGCUUUGUAACAAGCCCUUUACCAAGCAAUCUGCGCUGAAGAGACAUCGAUACUACUGUCGCUCACGCGCGGGCACCAGUUCCACUCGUCUUCGCUCGUGCAUCUCAUGUGCGCGUGGCAAAACAGGCUGUGACCAAAAGCAACCUCAAUGUUCACGAUGCGUUUCCAAAGGCAUUGCCUGUCAUUACCCUACUGUUCGGGCUAUUGCAAAGCAGUCUUCCAAACCAACUCGUGAUGGCCGCAAUUUCGUGUCGAUGCCGACACCCGAAGCUGAAACGCAGGCUCUCAGUGGGUGGAACCUGAACGGCGACCUAGACAUGCUUCUUGAUGAUCCCUCAUUUCUAUUGGCUCCGCACGUAUCCGAUGUGGUGACCAAUUACGCACCGUUGGAAUUUUUCAACGUGCCUGAUUAUUUGGAUCUUCAACCAGAAAAUGUGUGUAUGCCGCCCAAUGUGCCUAUCAAUGUGGCCAGCUCUUUGUCAUCGAGAGAGCACUCCCAUCACGUUUGGAACUCAUCGCGACUCAAUCUUAAGGUCGAUGGGGAACGACAGAGCCUUGAUCCAUUCGCUCAUGGGAUGCCGAGAGCACCUCCGACUACUGUCAGAGUUCUAGUCGGACGUCCCAAGCUAUCGCCUGCUUCACAGCGAGUCGGAGAACUGAUUCUCCACACGCUGAAGUCGUAUCCGCGCAUGUUGCGAAGUGACGAUAUCCCACCUUUCAUUCAUUCCAGCUUUGUGUCGCUCAAUGAUCAGAAUUCCGACUUUGAACCUCUGACAAACUGCAUUGGAUUGAUACACAUGAUUAGCGCGAAAAGCACUCGGAAAUUACUAUGGCAAAAUGUUCGAAACGAAUGUGAACGAUUUCAAGCAAACUAUCGGAAUGUAAGCAAGUGGAAAACGCUUGCCGCCAUGCAAGCAUUGUUCCUCUACACCCUCAUACGACUCGAUGAGGGUGAAACCGAGUACAAUAACCUCGAUAAUUUACUGGUGCAGACCAUAAUAAUCCUCUCCCAGCGGAUCUCAAACAAUAAUACACCUUGCCCUGCAGAUUGCAUAGCUUGCCAAAAAGGUUCCGAGAUCACUUGGGAAGAUUGGAUAUUUCGGGAGUCGAGGCGAAGAUUAGCGAUAGUAUACCGUGUGGUAAACAAGCUCAUCUACUUCGACCCGGUGUCAAAGUGCGACCUGCCCGCGGAGUUCAUACUUGCACCACUGCCAGCAAAGCGACAACUUUGGGAAGCAGGUAACGAGCACUCGUGGAAGGCAGAGAUCAGCAAAGAACCCAGAGCCCUUGUCUCUUUCGGCUUGGCCUCGAGUGGCGAGAUUGUUCAGUUGAACGACGGCCGACUAUCGUGCCAUGAUAAUUGGCUUCCCAAUUCAUAUCUCUCACCAAGUAGUCAGGGGUCAACGACACCAUCGGCUAGUAACGAGAGCCCGACGGAACUUUGGGAGGAAUGGUGCACAGGGAUCGAUGGCUUUGGUGGUUUAGUAAUGCUCGCAGCGUCAUUAAUUCUGUGAAGUGGAACCACGUCGAUAGUAAUCACUCUGAAUUCCGUAUCUAUUCGAAGUCAGGAUGGAAUGAAUGAUAGCGUGUAAGCUACAAGACUUGAAAAUACGAUUUUACUCGCAUGACCAGAA